GAAUGAAUGAAUGAGUGAAUGGUUUCUUAAUAUUUGUUUUGAUUUGAAUGUUAUGUUUUGUUUAUUCAUUUGAUUAUGUUUUGCAUUGAUUUGCAUGUAUUAUACAUAAACCCAAACCAUUAGUCGUGUAUUUGAUAUGUUCGCACAGUUGGAGUGAUAUAUAAAAUGGAUAAAUGAUGUGAAGGACUGUUAGACAUGCAAUACAUUUACACAUUUGUGAUAUUAAAUGCCGUCCAAUGGGUUGUGUUAACCCAAACGCAAACCCAAUCGCAUACUAAACCACUGAUUAUCUCAACCAAUAAUUCCGUAACAAAUGUCUUGACCGACACCACAAGGAGUCCCCGAUUAGAGCCUAUCGUACGGUUCGUGUCGACGGCCGCCACUCCGAGAACAGUAUUCCUCACGCCUUCCUCAGUCACCACAACCACUGAGAGCCACACCUCCUGUCGCACAGACAACGACUGUCCCAUACAUUCCCACUGCUCUUCGCGACUGACCUGUCUUUGCGAUCAUUUAUAUUCCGGACUUCCCCCUCACUGUAAGCCAUUGAGUGGAUGUGAUUCCAAUCCAUGUCUCAACAAUGGUUUAUGUCAUCCGUGGCCUUCUUCUAACACUAAUGAUAGCUCGAGUGCGAGCUAUAGCUGUGAGUGUGAGCAGGGGUUCCAUGGAAUCAAUUGCCAACUCUUUGACAACAAUUGCAAACAUAAUAACGAUUGUCAGAAUGGAGGCCAAUGUCUGGACGGAGUCUGCAGUUGUAUUAAUGGAUUUUCGGGUCAUUUUUGUCAAUUCCAAGAAUCUCUUUGUGAUGGCCAGCCGUGUCUUAACGGUGGCACUUGUCUUAUGAAUGAGACUUCAGCUAAUUAUUCCUGCAUUUGUUCACAAGGUUUUGAAGGUCAGAGCUGUGAAAUAGAUAUCAAUGACUGUUUGCCGACCAAUCCGUGUGCCAAUGGAGGCACAUGUCAUGACCUGCCCAACAACUUCACGUGCAUCUGUUCCGCACAAUAUACUGGUCUCACGUGUGAACAACUUUAUAACGCCUGUGAGAGCAGUCCCUGUGCUAACAACGGCACCUGUACUACGCAAAUUCCAUCACCGCUAUACGCGUGUACGUGUCCGCCAGGAUUUACAGGACUGAAUUGCGAGGUUGACAUCGAUGAGUGCUCUCAAGUGGUCUGUCCUAUCGGGCACAUCUGUAUCGACAAAGUGAAUAAUUACGAGUGUGUCUGUCCAGAGGGCUGGGAGGGAGACAACUGCGAGCGAAACAUAGACCACUGCGCCUCGAGUCCAUGUGUUCAUAAUGGGAACUGUAGUUCCACUACAAAGACAUAUUUGUGUGUCUGUGAGACCGGCUAUUCGGGUACUAAUUGUGAGAUAGAUAUCGACGAAUGCGCUGAUAAUCCAUGCGUUAACGGGAUUUGUCGCGAUCUGGUCGGUGCCUUCCAGUGCUACUGCACUCCAGGGUUCACUGGCCACAGGUGUCACAUAGACAUCGAUGAAUGCUUGUCGCACCCGUGUCUUAACGGUGGCACAUGUCAUAAUAAGCAAGCAAAGUUUACAUGCGACUGUCCCGUUGGCUACAGUGGUGACCAGUGUCAGGUGGACAUCAAUGAGUGCGCAUCCAAUCCGUGCCAAAACGGAGCCAUUUGUCACGACCUGAUCGGAGGGUUUCAAUGCAAUUGUUCGCAAGGAUUCGAUGGCCAGAGAUGUGAUAAGGAUAUCGAUGAGUGCGCCCCUCAGCCCUGUCUCAAUGGUGGCAAAUGUCAUAACCUGAUCGCCCACUUCUCAUGCGAAUGUCCGCAUGGCUUUGAGGGCAACCACUGCCAGAACGACAUCAAUGAAUGCCUGUCCAACCCGUGCCAGAACGGGGCCACAUGUGUCGACCAAAUCGGUUCAUUCCGGUGUCAGUGUGUCGAUGGCUUUGAAGGAAACAGAUACUUAAUCAAUGACUUUGAAUGCAAUUGUAAUCACACGGGAUUUGAAGGUAGAAAUUGCGAGACAAAUAUCAACGAAUGUCUGAGCGAUCCGUGCAGUAAAGGCGCCAAAAUGUGUGAAGACAUUGUCCUCAACUAUACGUGUCAUUGCUUUAAGGGAUUCACUGGAAGACACUGUGAGAUCGAUAUCGACGAAUGCAGUUCCUCUCCGUGUCUUAACGGUGGCACAUGUUAUGAGAAAAGUCAUCAACACUUAAUCAAUAAGUUCUCCGAAAGUCUUAUUCGCGACCAAUACUUGAAUUUCUCACAAAUGGCCGGAUAUUUAUGUCAGUGUCCCUCAGGGUUUGAAGGCGUCAACUGUGAGCUUAAUAUCAAUGACUGCGAACACCACUCCUGUAUGAAUAACGGCUCCUGUAUUGAUGAAAUCAACUCCUAUUCCUGUCUAUGCUUAACAGGAUUUGACGGCAAAAUAUGUCAGUAUAUGACAGAUCCAUGUGUUCUGAAUCCCUGUGAAAACGGAGCCACUUGCAUUAAGCACACGAACGAGACCUAUGAGUGCAAGUGUCCGAUCGGGUUCACGGGCGAGAAGUGUCAUCUGAUCCGUUCGUGUCAAUCCGAAUGUCACAACGAUUUCUCUCAUUGCGUGAACGACUACAUCUGCGCGUGUCUACCGAACCAUCACUCGAACCACGCUUAUUGUGAUGCCAUCAGUGACUGCAGUAUUGCUAACCUGUGUCGCAACGGUGGCACCUGUCAUAUAAACCACGAACACGACGGCUACUACUGCCAGUGCCCUGAAGACUAUACGGGACUCAUAUGCGAUGAAAAGACCUCAUCGCCGAUGAGUUAUAUAUUUUAUUUGAUAAUAACGAUGGGCUGUAUUCUGAUAAUCGCUUUAUUGGUGGUGUCCCUGAUAUUCGUGAGGAGUGUGAAGCACGCGCGGGCCACUCGCGGCACAUACUCCCCGUCCACACAAGAAAUGUUCGGCAACUCUGCCUCUGAAAUAUUGAAACCUCCGCCCGAAGAGAGACUUAUUUAGAAUUUAUUGAAACUAUUUUUAUAAUCAAUUUUAUGUAAUUUAUAUCAACUUUUGACAAAAAUUA